AGUGAAGCCAGGAAGCAAAGACUUGAGGCUUUGAAAGCCCAGAGUCUGGAAAUGGAACGUGAGGCGCAGGAGCGUGAGAAGCGUGCCGAGGAGAGAAGGAAGGCGCGUGAGGAACAACUCAAACAAUUGCAGGAGCAGGAGAAGAAGGACGAGGAGGAGCGACAGAGGCGACGUGAGGAAAGGAGGCGUCUGAGGGAGGAAGAGGACAAGAAACUUAAGGACGACAUCACAAAGCUUGAAGAUGAGCGCAAGAGCAGAAUGACCAAGGAUAACAAGCCAAAGGACACCUCGUCGUUGUCCACCACACCAACCGCCACUGGCACAUCAUCCCCAUCGGUUCCAGCUGUCGAUGAUGAAGACGCCGAACUAAAGAGAAUCAGAGAGGAGAGAGAAAAGAGACUCGAGGAACGAAGGCGACAACGUGAGGAGGCCCAGAGACAGCUGGAGGAGGAGGAGAAGAAGCUGGCCGAAGAGCGCGAGAAGAGAAGAAAGGAGCGACAGCAACAACAACAGCAGGCAGAGGAGGAGAAGAAGAAGUUGGACGAGGAGAAGGCCGAGAGACGUCGCGCGGAGAAGGAGGCAGAGGACAGUGAGCAAGCUGCAGAGGAUGAAAAGAAGAGAGUGGCCUCUCAACAGGCCGCGGAGGAGGAUGAAAAAAAUCGUCUGGCUGCUCAACAAGCCGCUGAUGAGGAAGCCAAGCGACAGGCUGCUGCUGCAGAGGAUGAGAGAAAGCGUGUCGUUGCACAACAGGCCGCGGAAGAGGAAGAGAAGAAGCGACUGGCUGUCCAACAGGCUGCUGAAGAGGAGGCCAAGCGACUGGCCGCUGAACAACAGGCUGCUGAUGAGAAGAAACGUCUGGCCGAACAACAAGAGGAACAAAGACGUCUGGCGGAGGAAAAGGAGAAGGCAAGACUUGCACAACAGGCAGCAGAUGAAGAGAAGCAGAGAUUGGCCGCACAACAAGCCGCCCAAGCUGCCGAAGAGGAACAGAGACGACUCGCCGCACAACAGGCCGCCGAAGUGGAGGAGAAGAAACGUCUGGCUGCACAACAAGCCGCUGAUGAGGAAGAAGAGGCAAAGCGUCAGGCUGCAGAGGAUGAGAAGAAACAUCUGGCAGCACAACAAGCCGCUGAGGAGGAAGCCAAGAGACUGGCCGCUGAGAAACAGGCUGCCGAUGAAGAGAAGAAGAGAUUGGCUGCUCAACAGGCCGCUGAAGAGGAACAGAGAAGACAUGCCGCUGAGGAAGAGAAGAAGCGUGUGGCCGCACAACAAGCCGCGGAGGAAGAACAAAGACGACAGGCUGCUGAGGACGAGAAGAAACGUGUUGCUGCUGAACAGGAGAAGAUACGUCUGGCCGCUGAGGAAGAAGCAAAGCGUCAGGCUGCAGAGGAUGAGAAGAAACGUGUUGCAGCCGAACAGGAGAAGGCACGUCUGGCCAUUGAAGAGGAGAACAAGCGACUGGCUGCUCAACAAGCCGCUGAAGAGGAACAGAGACGUCAGGCUGCAGAGGAAGAGAAGAAGCGACUGGCUGCUCAACAAGCCGCUGAAGAGGAACAAAGACGACAGGCUGCUGAAGAUGAGAAGAAGCGCGUGGCGGCAGAGGAGGAGAAGAAACGUCUAGCUCAACUGGCCAUUGAUGAAGAGAAGAAGCGAGUGGCCGCACAAUUGGCCGCAGAUGAGGAGAAGAAGCGUGUUGCCGCACAACUGGCCGCAGACGAGGAGAAGAAGCGUGUGGCCGCACAACUGGCUGCAGAUGAGGAGAAGAAGAGAUUGGCUGCAGAGAAGGAGAAGGAGGAGGAGGAGAAGAAGAAGAGUCUGGCCGCCGCCGCUGCCGAGAAGCAACCAUCAAUCAAAGUCACCGAUCAAUUCAAGUCAAACUUGGACAAGCAGCUCAAGGAGAAGUUGGAGGCGCCACAGGAGAUGAAGCCCACUGCUGACGACGAAUAUAUCGCACAGAAGCUGACUAGCAUCACAUUGGACAGAGCCAAGAUCAAGGGCAGGAAGCUGCCAAGCAAGCAUCACAGGGCGUCGAUCGCCAUCGAUCCCUCCACCUCGUCCGCUGCGCGCUCCAAGCGCUCAAACAGCGACGACUCGUCUGCAACCUCAGUGCUCUCACAGGCACUCGAGGCCAACCGCGAGACACAACAAGAGAGCACGUCCUCGCCAGCACGACCAAAGAUCGUCAUGCCACCAGGCGCCGCCGGACUGAUGAGCGGCAUGGCUGCCCUCGCCCUGGAGGCCCAAAAGAAGAAGCAGGAGAAGGAUGCCGGCAAGGCCAGUUCAUUUCUUGUCACCAGGCCCAAAGUAGUGGACGAGCCAGAGGCACCCACCUUUGUCAAGGGUCGCUCGCAGAGUGUCUCUGUGUCGUCAACAUUGAAGAGCGAUCCAUCCAAGUUCCUCGUGCACAAGAAGGCUGUGGACACUUACGCCGGCCUGCGCACCCGUCUGAUCCAAUGCAAGGGCAAGAAGAGAAUCCUCACGAGGGAGGUCGAGGUCAGCACAAAGUCACUCAACAAGACCGACUCCUUUGUUCUGGACUGUGGCAUUGAGAACAGUGGACUGGGCGGCGAGUCGGUCGACUCCAACGCUCACUCCAACAUCUACGUGUGGUACGGAUCAAAGUCAUCGGCAGCCAAGAAGUCCAAGGCCGUGGGUAUCGCUGAGAUCAUCAAGAGCCACGAGCGUGGCGGCCACGCCACCAUCCACAAGAUUGACGAAGGCGACAAGGACUCUGUUGAGUUCUUCCGCAGGAUCAAUGGCAAGUUCGAGGACUCAAUCGCAGCCGACGGCGGCGACGACCUCGAAGCCGAACAGACCUGGGUCACCCUCUACUCGCUGCUCAAGUACGACCAGGCCGCAGACCAGCUGGUCGCCGUCGAUGCCCCCGCACUCAGCAUGGAACUGCUCGCCUCCGACUCAUUCUUUGUACUCGACACAGUCAGCGAGUACUACGCCUGGUCGGGCCGCAACGCCGACCUGCCAACCUACAAGGACAAGUUCGUCGCCAAGGCCAAGGAGAGGAUGUCCGCCAGCGCCCAGCGUCCCAGCUGGGUCGAGAUAGUGGUCACAUCCGAGGGUGGCGAGCCCGUGAUGUUCCGCGAGAAGUUCUUUGACUGGCCCGAUCUCAGCCACGAAGUGUCGCUCAGUCGCAUGGGCUUUGGCAAGGCUCGCACCUUUGACGUCAGCAUCCCCUACGAGAAGAAAGCACCAGCCAAGAUGAGCAGGUUCGAUAUACAAGAGAUGGUCAACUCAGAGCCGCCCGAGGAGGCACCACACCGCAGCGAUGGCAGUGGCACCUACGAGAUGUGGUACGUCGAGAACAACAAGAUACAUCCCAUCCCCAAGGAGGAGUACGGCCAGUUCUACAGCAGCUGUUGCUACCUCAUCAAGUACACAUACACACGCUGGAACGCCCUGCGCUACAUCAUCUACAUCUGGCAGGGUCUGGACGCCUCGCGCCAAGAGGUCGGCAUGUCGACCCUGCUGUCCAAGGACAUGUACAUUGCCACAUGCAACGAUGGCGACUGCUUCCAGGAGGCCAUCCGCCAAGGUCGCGAGACCGUCCAGUUCUCGAUGAUCUUCAACGGCAGGAUGGUCGUGCACAGAGGUGUGCGCGGCGAGUACGACUUCAAGUCCAAGCGUCUGUAUCACGUGCAUGGCAAGCGUGACACCACCAACUUUGCCAUCCAGAUGUCAAGGAUGACCGCUGCAGCACUCAACUCGCGUGACAUCUUCUUUGCAACAGACUCCAACACAACCUACCAAUGGGUGUCAAAGGGUGCCUCCAAGGUACUGAAGGAGCAAGCCGACAAGAUUGCACCAUUGAUCGUCAACUCACCCUCCAAGUCAGCAACAGUGAUCAACGAAGGCAGCGAGCCUGAGGAGUUCUGGAAGAUGCUCGGAGGCAAGCACACCUACGCCAACGGUUCAUACCUUCUGAAACCCAAGCAAACCAAGCUAUUCUCUGUAAACAACACUGGUACAAUCAUUAGAGCCGAUGAGAUAUUCAACUUUAAUCAAUAUGAAUUGCAAUCAAGUCGAUGUUACAUCUUGGACAACAAGGUCAUUAUGUAUGUUUGGGCUGGAUCAAAGGCACCAGAGAAGGAGAAGAAGAGGGCCAUGGAGAUCGCCUUGGAGUAUCUCGAGGCAUUGAAGGAUGGACGUAAACAAGACGCUGUCAUCUUUAUCAAGGAGAAGGAAGAGCCAGUUGACUUUACCUGCGAGUUCCAUGCAUGGGAUACAUUCCGCUUCCUUUCAAUCAAUCAUACUAACAUGGCCAACACUCAAUCAAUCAUUAUAUUACAGAGCAACAAUAUACCAGAUGUGGACGAGGCAACAAAAGGAGAGUCAGCAGCUACGUUGUUGAAGAAGUAUUAUCAGACUCUGCCAUUGGAGGAAUUGAUGAAGAAGAACACACCACCAGAGAUUGAUCGAUCAGUACUGGAGAUGUACCUAUCUGAACAAGACUUCCAAAAGGUGUUGGGCAUGCAGAGGGCUGAAUGGGACCUACUGCCAGGCUGGAAGAAGACGGACAGGAAGAAGAGUGUAGGAUUAUUCUAA